CGUUAGAAAUGCAAAUAUCGAAGGACCUUCGGAUUUAUUGAUGUUUUAUUGUGUAAUGGGGAGCGCGCGGGGGCGGUCGCUGCUGCCUACUUCCGGAAGCGCCAUCUGACGGUGGGAAUGGAGCUGCGUCGGUGAUGGUGGCGGCGGCGGCGGUCGCAAGGUCAAGGUCAAGUCCAGGGAAAAAACCAGAAAUGUAUUUCGCGUUGUGCACGACAAACAUGGCCACAUCCUGCUGCUCGCGCUCGUAACAUCGCAAACGUUGUAAAGGCGCUGAUGAAUAUGAAAAAAAGAGAAACGCGUUACCAAAGGGAUGAUGAUUUAAAGAAAGUGAAUUAAAUUCAAGUGAAGAUAAUUCGAUUUUGAUAGAGAGAAUUAGUGUAUUGCGUAUGUAGUGGAGGAGAUGAUAGGAAUUGUUGCAUGUUGUUGUGAACGACAUGCGCUUUGAGAGACUGCCUUCCACACAUACGCAGGCACACAGGUGGAAAAGAGAAGUGGGCCAAGUGAAAGAGAAACAGCUGAAGAGAGAAGACCGCCUCCUUUUCCUACUCCCUCUGACAUUGACCCAAUUCGUGUCUGGCGUUUCCUACUCCUCCUUCUGGCGCGGCCAAGUAAAACCGGCACAUUCGAGCUCCGAGAGCGCCGGAUGAGAGACCCGGUGGAGGAGAGCCAGAAACCACCACCGCCGACACCAUCGAGUAGAGGAUGACGCCCAGGAAGGGACUGAAGGUGACGGACGCUGAGCGCAAGACGCGCGUCGGCAUCGCCGUCGGAACGCUCGCCGAUCUCAGGACGAAGACCGCAGAGAAAUUCAAGCUGUCGUCCGAGGAGCAGAUCGUCUUCCAGACGCGAGACGGCGUUCCGCUGCAGACGGAACCGGAAUUCGCGGAGCUGGAGCCGCAGACGCUGUUGAUUUGGACGAGAAAGGGUGAACGGGCCGAAACGGACGCGGAGAUCCUGUACAGGACGAUCCGCGAGGUCAACAUCGACUUCCUGAAGACCGGCGAGAUGGUCCAGGAGUUCUUCACCGAGCAGAUGAAGAACAAGGUCUACAAGCUGGCGGAGGUGCUGAAGAGCAUCGAGGACGAGGAUCGCGCUCACCUGAGCUUCAAGAAGGAGGAUCCGCAAUGGUUCGAAGGUGUAGACAGCCGGUCAAAAACCAAAGAGGAAUAUAUGUUUAGGCGAGCCCAGGACCGCAUAAGGACGUACUACUACAAAAGCAAAGACGAGCUGCUGCGGUCGGAGCCGUCGGAAGGCGGCAUGUCGCGCGAUACGCUGCUUCGACUCCUCGGCCACCUGCAGCGUUCGCUCAAGGAGGUCGACUUCUUCGGCUGCUACUUCGACCGACGAAAAGCAUCAGCAGGAGAUGUCGUCGUCGUCGGUGGUGGUGGUGGUGGUGUUGGUGGCGCCAUCUGCGAUCGCGGCGGCACCUUCGAGUGCCAGGGCAGAUGGGACAAGGAGGCGUGCCUUUACCGCGACCAUCGGAUCAACCCGUACAGAAGUCGCGAGGACCGCAUCGUCUUCCAGACGUGGAACCUGGACCACGGCGUCGAGAGGUCGCGCUCCGUGAUACCCGCGAUCAGGGAGGCGGUGCGCGUCGAUCCGACCGUCGCCUCCCUGCACUUGGACCGCAUCUUCGACGACCUCUUCACGCUCAAGAACCUCAAGUUGGUGCACGUCGUGUGCCACGACAAGGGCGUCCACGGCCCCGUCGACUCCGACCGCUACACCGGGAAGACGAAGAAGAAGAAUCGUGAAUCCAAAAACUGCAUUUCUGAAACUUAAUUUUCGAAAAAACCUUUAUGAAUCGACGACGCUCCGCCACAAAACGAGAGACGGAGAAGAACCUAGGAACCCAACGUGGUAGAAAUCAAAAUUAAGUAUUACUCUCUAAGAUCUUAGAAAAUAAAAAAAAGCUAUGUAAUAAGUAAGUUUCUCAGCCUGAAUUUGCAGGUCAGAAUCCAGCUAAUGUGAAUCUAUUUACAUAUAAAUAUAUCUCUAUCUAUACAUAAUAAAAAACACACACACAAAAACGAUAUAAUCGAUGUUGAUUAAUAAUUAAGGUAGCAAAAGUAAUCGAGAGCGCGCCUGUCAAAUGAAAACGCGAUGGACGCGCCCUUUCAAAACACAGGGUUUCACGAGCGAUUUCAACGUUAUCCACUCACACUUUCUCUCGUCAUUUACGCAAAUUUUAAUUUAAAACUCACCCAUUCUCCAUCUCUACCUCAUUAACAAUUAAAAGAAUGAAUUUCGUGCUCUAAUCAGCAUUGAAAUCCGUCCAAAAACAACACAAACACACGUAAACAAAACUUAAUUAAGUUCGAAGCGACAGAAAUCGCUUGUCUACCGAAAAAAAAAACAAAAUUUGUAACCAUAGAAACGUCAUUUGUCAAAAUCGCGGUGGAAUUGCAAGAUCCCGCGCGUCCUUUGAUAAAAAUUCUAAAUUAUCUCGCAGAUAUUUCGAAUUCGAUUCGAAGUUAACUCUGAAUAUUUAGCAAAGAAUUGUCGAAGUUGUAAAAUCGUUGGUCAUCAACAAAAAAAGUAAUCGAAUACGAAAAGAAGAUAAACGUGCAUCAGAAUCUAUGGUGGAAUUGCAAAAAAAAAACAAUCACCGUUUCCCAUAUGAUCAUCAACAAAACAAAUGCAUUACGUGCAUUGUCAAAGCUGUCUUAAUAUAAUUAAAUAAUAAGACGCCAUCUUUGGGCGUAAAACUAAUAGUUUAAACUUUUUAUAUGUAAUAAAAGGAAAACCAAAAAAAUAAUAAUAACAUAGAAAUUAAUUUGA